AUGUCCAGAGCGGAAAGGAGAAAUGACACAAGUGUGGUUAGAACUGCGGAAGAGCGCAAAAGAAGGUUUGGAAUCUUUCUGUAUUUUGGAUUCUAUGAUGGUAUGAUACCCACGAGAAAUAGCGACAAGAAAAAACGCCGAGUAUGUCAAAUGUUUUGUUAA